UAUACGCGAAACGGUUGACGGAAGAAUCCCAGACGAGACUGUUAAAAUUGACAGAAUAUGGAAACUUUGCUUAAGAAAGAGCUGGGGACAUCCAAGCUGAAACCCAUCGGCCAUGCAGGGGGCGGCUGUAUCAGUGAAGGAAGAAGCUACGAAACUGACCAUGGAAUGGUGUUUGUGAAGAUAAAUCACAAGAGUCAGGCAAGACUGAUGUUCGAUGGGGAAGAGGCCAGUUUGAAAGCUAUUCUGGAAACUGAAACUGUGAAGGUGCCUAAACCAGUGAAAGUGUUUGAUCUGAAGAACGGAGGUGCGGUCUUCGCUAUGGAGCACCUUGACAUGAGGAGCCUCAACAGGUUCUCUGCACAGCUAGGGGAACAGCUUGCUGACUUGCACCUCCACAACCAAAGACAAAAGGAGAAGGAGGAGCAAACCGUUGGUAAAGCAGGUCAAAAGACCGUCGACAAGUUUGGGUUCCACACCACAACCUGUUGUGGAUACCUGCCACAGGCGAAUGACUGGCAAAGCGAUUGGGUGGCAUUCUAUUCCCAGCAGAGGCUUCAGCAUCAGAUCAGUAUGGUGAUGAAGACAUAUGGAGACAGAGAGGUUGAUGAGCUAUGGUCUCAGCUACAGCUGAAGAUCCCGCAGCUUUUCAGUGAAAUAGAGGUCUUUCCAGCUCUGCUGCACGGGGACCUCUGGGGUGGCAAUGUGGCAGAAUGCGCAGAUGGUCCGGUCACAUUUGACCCUGCCUCCUUCUAUGGCCACUCCGAAUUCGAGCUGGGCAUUGCUGGCAUGUUUGGGGGCUUCGGAAGCUCUUUCUACUCCGCAUACCACAGUAAAAUACCCAAGGCACCGGGGUUUGAGAAGAGGCAGCAGCUCUACCAGCUUUUCCACUAUCUGAACCACUGGAACCAUUUUGGUGGGGGAUACAAGGGAUCGUCCCUGCGUAUCAUGAGGAAUCUUGUAAAGUAGAUGGCAAAGGACACUCAAAUUCUGCACUCUUUGAGAAGCUGUUUAAAAUUUCUUUUCCUGUUUUUUUCAGGUGCCUGAUAACUGCAUGACAGUGAUAGUGUCUGUUAUAGUUACCAAAUGCAGCUAACUGAGACAAUGUAUCCUGGGUAAAUAUUUCUGACAGGCAUGCAGUAUGAUUCCGUUGCAGUAUGGUCCUCAUUAAGUAUAAGGAGGAUGGGAGUGUUGGUACCGGACUGGGUAACUGUGUGGUGGCUAUACUGAGUCAUUAAUGCACCUAUGACACCUGGUCAAGGAAAACACUGCACAACAUCAGUUGAUGAAUUUCAACCCUCGCUGGUAUUAGAAUGGUUGUAAUUUAAAUACCUUUCUGUAAUGUGCGGUAUCCAUUAGGUGUUUUGAGUAGUUUCUUGUUCAACUCAAAGCUAAACUUAAAACCUCUUGAAGCUAUUCACAUGGUCACUACCCUAAGCAUUAAUGUAUGUUUCUGGCCUAUGCCGUCUUUCAAUUCAGUCAAAAAGUAAAAAUAUAUUAUUAAAUAAUAUCCUUAAUUAGAUACCCAUAUUACAUUUUCUCUGAUUCAUUUUGGAAGAUUUUUCUACAUUAAUUUUAGGAGCAUUACAUAUAAUUCUACAGUUUCUUAAACAUUAAUUUUCUGUGAUCUUACCAUGGUAUUAAAACUGCAUCUCAGAAUAAAAUCUGAAUCAGUGUGUAAAAGCUGAUGCUCACUAAGCGCAAGGUAUUAAUUGGUGUAUUUUUAAGGACUAAUACAACGCUUUUUAAUAAUUUACAUUCCAUGGGUUCCCCAUAUUGGUUACAAUACAAGGUCAGUAAUUCCAGAGCUUUCAGUCUUAAUAUAAACAUGUUGCAGAUUUUUUCCUAAUAAGUUUUCAAAAGUUUAUUUUGAUUAUAUUAAUUUCAGUGUAAAAAUUGCUGUGCAAUAGACUUAGCUAAUUUUGUGAGCUGGUGGGCUUAUUUCUAAGUCCAAUGAUUGUAAAUAUUUAAAAAGGUUGAAGACCCAGCGCUUCAGAUUGCCAUGGUGUUACAUUCCUGCUGUGCAACUCAAUGAGCAGUUACU